AUGUCAAUCAAUAACCGUGGCUUUAUUCAAGAUAGCCUUCUAUCUACUAUUCCAGCUGAUAAGCUUCGACCUGUUCAAAUUGUUCUUUAUAAGUACCUUACCCAAUCAAUAACCCUGGAUGAAGCUAAAGUUGCUACCACCUCUAUUCUUGAUGAUGAUUCUAUAAUGAAUCAACUAGAAGACUACAUUAACGUCCCUGAUGAAUUACCAGCUCAAACUUCAAGGAUAGAAGAUAUUCAUAAAGUUAAGAAAGUUGCGGCUUGGACUCCAAAUGAAGAUCGAAGACUCCUCGCAUCAAUACAUAAAUUUGGGCUUUCAGAUUGGCAGAAAAUUUCAGAUUAUGUUGGUACAGGAAGAAAUCGAAACCAAUGCUCUCAAAGGUGGAUCAGAUCAUUAAAUCCACUUAUAAACAAAAAUGGUUGGACGCCUGACGAAGACUUACAAUUGAAGAAAGCUGUUUCGCUUCACGGUGUCAAAUGCUGGACAAAAGUUGCAGCAGACAUGCAGGGAAGAACUGAUGUGCAAUGUAGGUACAGAUACUAUAUAUUAGUUAGAGAAGGACAGAUAAGAAAAGGCUCAAAGAAAGCUAAUUCAAAAACAAAACGAAUCAUUCCAGAACAAAAACCUAUCAAGGCGGAAGAUUAUGAAAAAUAUUAUAUUCCUGAUAUUAUUGAUAAUUCCAAGGAUGAAUUUAAUCUUUUCCAUUUAGAGUUUGAUAACCAGUCAUUAUUUGAUCUAUUUCAAUAA